AUGCGAAGCAUUUUUCGCGCGGCAUUGGCGUUCCUCGGAGUUAGGGUUCAAGGCCAAGUAGGACUCGAUGGGCAAAGUGUGGUGGGCGUUCCGGAUGCUUCCAUUGCGGCUCCAGACAGCGUUCUUGGUGCAGCAAGUGCGGCGGUGGGUUCGGACAAAGUCGCGGACAUGAUCGCGCGGUCGAAGCAGUUGGGAUCGGGUGCGAAGGCGGGCGACCCGCACUCGUUGGUGAACAAGUUGCAGGAUGCGAUUUCGCGUGCGAGGUUGGCGCGAUCGAGCGACCUGUCGUACGAGCAGAUGGAGCAGGUGGUGAGUGACACGAACGAGGAGUUGCAGCGACUGGAGGAGCAGGACAAGUUGAACAAAGUGCAGGACGCGUUGGCGCGGGCGCGGGUGGCGCACAGUAGCGCGCCGGCGGUGGACCCUGCGGACGAGGCGAGCAGUAUGUUGGGGGCUUUGCGACAGGCGGGUGCGGCGCAGGCUAGCCCAGAGUUGAAGCAGAACCUGGCGUUGGGUGCGCAAAUCGAGGGGUUGAAUGCGAACAUUGCGAAGUUGAAGGACGUGGAAGCACGUGCGGCGGCGUUGGAGGCGCAUGCGUCGGAGGCGCAGCGUAGCGAGGAGGCGGUGCAGGAGACGGACGAUGCGUUGGCAGCGUUGAAGACAGCGUUGCAGCAGGCGCAGAACUUGGAGCAGGAGCAGAAGUUGAUGACUUCGGGUGAGCCGGCGGAGAAACCGGAGUUUGGGCCGUCGGCGGUGGAAGCGGAGGAGGCGCAAUUGUUGGGUGGCGAGACGGCGGAGGUGUUGGGCGACCUGGCGGCGGAGCAAGAGGAGGAGAAGCAGGUGACGAGUGGGGACAAUCCGGCGGACCUGAUGACGAACAUUUCGCCCCACGACACGGCCGAACAGGGUACGUUGGAGACGGCGAUUCAGGUGAUUCGGAGUGCGGCGACGGACCCGCGGGACGCGACGGAGAAGUUGAUAGAGUUGAUGCGGGCGGAGGGGGACAAACUGGAGAGUUUGGGUGACAAGGUGAAGGCCUUGGCGCAGGCUAAGGACGAGUUUGUGGCGCAGUCUGUGCGAAUUUUGCGGGACGCGGAGAACAGUUCGGGACGCGCCAAUGCGGAGGCGGACGUGGCGAACGAGUUGAACGCGGAGGCGGGUGCGCGGCUGGAGCAGCUGGCGCAGGGGGCGCAGACGGGGGUGCCGGGGCUGGGUGCAAGUGCGGCAGGCCGAGGCACGAAGGCGGUAAUGGCACAGGCGGAGAAGGCGAGUCAGCGGGCGCAGUUGGAGAGUCGGUCAGCGCAGGAGUUGGCGGCGAGUGCGGAGCAUCUGAGUGCGCGGGCGACGGAGAUGGCUGAUUCGGUGGAGGAGCAGACGCAGAUGAUGGAGGAGUUUCUGGGUAAUAUCAAGAUGAUAUCGCAGAACGCGUUGGAUGAGGCGCACAGGACGGCGACAGCGGAGGGGUGGGUGGGUCGUGUGGAGGAGCAGCGGGACGGGAUUUUGGCGGAGGCGGCGACGUAUGAGAGCAUGAUCAAGGACAUGCAAGCGGACGUGCCGCGGGAGUUGAGUUUGGGUGAUCGUUUGCAGGUGUUUGCGGACCAGACGGUGAAGAACAUGGCGGGGUUGCGGAAGGAAGCGGGUUGCGAAGAAGGGCACCAGGCGGCGCACGAGAAGGAGUUUGCGGCGGUGACGGGUGAGAGUGCGAAGCAUAUUCCCCAUGAGUGUACGGAAGAGACCUGUGAGGAGGAGGAUCCAUGCGAAUCUAACUGUCCGGAUUCCACGCCCGCACCGGCUCUGCCGCCGGUGCAUGAGGUAGAUCCAUGUGACCAGGCGCUUAAGGACGCUAAGUCACGUCUGGUAGACAACUGGUCAGAGAAGGACCUGACGAGCGGCACGUACCAGCUGCCGAACUAUCUCCGGCUGAAAAACGUGUGGAAAGAGUGGGCUGCCGACAAGGCGGGCAGCGCAGGCGCCAGGCUGGCCGAUCUGCGCUACCUCAUCGGAAUCGGACUCACGAGUGUGGACAGUGAACUGGGAAUGGCGAUUUUAGACCGCGUGAUAGACUACAACCUACGGAUGACCGCGGAGCCCCGCAGUCCGGAACUGGACUUGACCACGCAAGAAAUGAUUGAUUUGCUCAAAUAUGCCCUGGACAUCUUGCUACCAACAGAGAGUUACUAUGAGAAUUUCUUGUCAUUAUGGGCGAUCCAAAACAAGCUAGUCGCUAGUCUGCGCACUGGGGAGAAUGGACUAAGCGAGAAAGUACGGAUCGACAAAGGAGCGAGCGAGAAAAAUAUACUAAGAUCCAUGUACUCGUCCUGGAGAAGGAUCCGGGGCCUAGAAGUUGAAUUAGCUUGUAUGACUGUUGAAAGGUAUUAUUAUAUAACCAUCGCUUGUUACGAAGUGUGUGUUGGAAGGAGGUGGCAUAGGCCAUUUCCUGAAGAUUUAAUUGCAAAAUGUUCUUACCUAAUUGAGGAUUUCGUUCAACGGAAUGGUCUUCGAUGUGCAUAUUUGCCUCUGUUGCUUAGCGAGCAAGAUACGCCAGAAGGUGAGAAUGAAUUGGUAGGAAAGAAGCCUAUGAUUAGGGACAGAGACAUCGUUAAUAUUGUUGCAGCAAAUGAGAUUUUAUCUUCAUUAGAGAUCCGUGCUCUUAUUUCUGAGUUACAGGCGUUGCGGAUCGCUGCAGUAAUUGAUCGUGAUUCUGUACAUCUGGAUAGUUUAGGUUAUUAUUUCAAAGCAGAUCCUGCCAGCGCAAUUCAUCAGGCGUUUGAUACCUUGGAUUUCAUGUCGUGGCAAACUAGUGAUCCAGACAGCGAGAAGAGUAUUAAGUGGGCACUGGUUCGAUAUUGUGAGUUGUUAUCAAUUCGUUGUAGUCCAACUCAGGUUGAAGACUUGUGGAAUUUUCUAAUUCAAAAUCCGAAUGGUUCAGUUGAGGAGUUUGAGUUCGUGGACCUCAGGAGGCUUAAUGAAGUGGUCCGAAGUCUGAUAUGUGCGUUACAAGAUUAUGAAGAGGCUUUGCAGAUUUUAUUGGAACAGUUGUUUUUCCAGGAUGAGGUGUUCUGUCGGGCAUUGGUAUUGAGAGGUAUAUAUUGGCCUGCAUUGAUAUCAGCUGUAGAUCAUUUGAAAAGCUUGGAUGGGAAAGGAUAUCGUGGAUCACGAUUUUGUAAUAGACUUCGGGAUCUUGCUGCAUAUUAUUCAGAGUGCGAAAGAUUACACCCAAAGAUGUACUCCCAUCCUUUGUUAUACAAAUUAUUACCUGAACAGCCAGAGAUGUUUCCAGGACACAUGAUUGUAUGCGAAAAAUUAUUAGAGAUGGGACUUAACCUUAACAGCGACAUUAUUGAAAACACGUUACCUCGUAAUCCAAUGUUUAUUGGCCCAUCUCAUGGCGAUAUAGACGAGGCGGUAGCACGAGGUCUAGAACGAGCUAUAUGUCUCGCUUUAGAUGAGAUAGGUAACUACUCAUUCCCCGGAGUACCUGAUGACUUUUGUUCCGAGAGUAAUCUGCCAAUGUUUCUGAGACCAACGAUAGAAAAAAUAUCUACAGCAAAUGGUGUUGUGUGCAUGGUGAUCCCGAACGAUCGACACCCGGUACCGUCUUCGAUAAAUGAGUAUAUGAAGACUUCUGCCAUGUCGACAAAAUUAGAACAGAGGUGUGUAGAGAAGAUACAACAAUUACUCAAACAAGGCAGUACGGCCCGGCUUGAGGUAAUUUUCUUGCUUACCGUAUUCAGUGGAUUACGACGCCAGGUAAAGGAACGGUAUUUUUGUGCUAUAACUGCACAAGCAAUGUGCGCUAAUUCACCUGACUGGUACAGUACCUUGAAUGGCCUCUUAAUAAUCGCAAACGGCACUGGCGGACUCGUGGAAGGAUUGGGCGACGCCGCUGUUCUGGAGCGUCGAGAGAAUGGCACUCUAGAAAAGAACGUUGUGGACAGUUUUGCCCACCGGGCAUAUCGCCAUGGUGAGGGGAUGGAGGAGGUAUAUGCCGUCUUCGACUAUUGGUCGCAAGUGGCUUCAGACGUCUGGGGCCCAGAAUGUCGGCUGUGGUCGCAUCUUUUGUAUGACCUUCGAUACAAUAGUGAUUUGGGUCCUAACGGGAUCCAGUCGUCGCCCUGGUAUGAUGAAGCGCUACAAUAUCUGUGCAAACGUCCGUGCGAGAAGUUUCCGAUUGCGGAACAAAUAGUUCUACACUACGUUGACCUAAAAGAUCGGUUGGUGGUUAACGCCUUAAUCAGAGGCCUUGAAUCACACAUCUCUGCGAGGCUGACGCGCCAAGUCGAGACAUUCCUUCGCAUUGACGGAACCGACCAAGUGGGUGCCGACACAAUCAGCUCCGAUGAGGAGGAAGAACGGAGCGAUGCCUUCGCGUCGCCGCCGGAAUGUUCCACUAGCAGCGCGCCUCUGUUGGCGUUCACGGCCGAGCUGCGGAACACGGCUUUGGGGAAGCAGCCGGAAGCGCUGGCGGCCAAACGAUCUACCGAGUCCAGCCAGGAGUCGUUUCAGAGCGCCGAGUAUGUGACGCCCCCGGCCCUCGGCACGAAAAGUCGCGGCCGGGCCAAUGCAGGACGCCGCAACUGA